AUGUCCGGCUGCGGCGUGGGGCCGGACGGGCGCUUCCUCGGCGGGUACGAGCAGUACGCCUACGAUGGCUGGGACUACAUCGCCCUGAACGAGGACCUUCGCUCCUGGACCGCGGCGGACACAGCAGCGCAGAUCUCCCAGCGCAAGUGGGAGGCGGCUGCUUGGGCGGAGCAAGUCAGGGCCUACCUGGAGGGCAGGUGCGUGCAGUGGCUGGGCAUCUACCUGGAGAACGGGAAGGAGACGCUGCUGCGUGCAGACCCCCCGAAGGCACACGUGACCCACCACCCCACCUCUGACCGGGAGGCCACCCUGAGGUGCUGGGCCCUGGGCUUCUACCCUGCGGAGAUCUCCCUGACCUGGCAGCGGGAUGGGGAGGACCAGACCCAGGACAUGGAGCUGGUGGAGACCAGGCCUGCAGGGGACGGAACCUUCCAGAAGUGGGCGGCCGUGGUGGUGCCUUCUGGAGAGGAGCAGAGAUACACGUGCCACGUGCAGCACGAGGGGCUGCCUGAGCCCCUCACCCUGAGAUGGGGUAGGGGGGCUCAGAGCUCUUGUCAGGGAAAGCAGGAGCCCUUCCUGAGACCUCAGCAGGGACAGGACUGAGGCCUGGGGGUCAAG